GAGAGCCAUAUGUACAAAUUAAGCGAAAAUCUUAAAGAUUAUUUCUGCCAGAGAGAGAGAGGGAAUAAAAAAAAUUGAUAACAAUGCACAUCAAAGUGACAAACUCAACUCUAGUGAAAGCCAAUAAAGCCACACCUAAUACCAACCUAUGGAUCUCCAAUUUUGAUGUCCAAAUGCCCACGGGCUUCCACACCCUAACCCUAUAUUUCUACCGCUUCACGGGCCGGCCCAACUUCUUCGACCCGAAGGUGCUCAAGGAGUCCCUGGCCCAGGCCCUGGUCGACUUCUACCCAGUCGCGGGCCGGCUAGGGCUGGACGAGAAUGGCCGCAAGGAGAUCAUUUGCAACAACGAAGGCGUGCUGUUUGUGGAGGCUGAGGCCGAUGGCGAGAUGGACGAGUUGGGCGAGUUUGGGCCUAAACUCGGCCUUGCUCCGUCAGUUGAUUAUUCGAAGGGUAUUUCGACCUACCCGUUGUUCUUAGUGCAGGUGACCCGUUUCAAAUGUGGCGGGGUUUGCCUAGGUUUCGCGUACGAGCACAACCUUUCUGACGGAUACUCCGCUAUUCAUUUUAUCAACACGUGGUCUGACCUCGCUCGUGGCCUACCCAUCUCGAUGCCUCCUUUCCUCGACCGAACAGUCCUCCGCGCGCGCGAUCCGCCCAACCCUAUGUACCGGCACACUGAGCUCCAAUUCCUCACACCAACAAAAACUCAACUUGUAAACCAAUCCCCAAUGAAGUACUCGGCUUUCAAGCUGACCCGCGCUCAACUCGACACCCUCAAGUAUAAGUGCCAACACGCGUUCGGGGGGGUCCGUCCCGUGCCUUACAGCACGUACGUGGCCCUCGCGGCCCACGCCUGGCGGGCCGUCUGCAGGGCCCGUGGGCCCCCACCACCCGAGGAUACUUGCCAGGAGACCUGGUUGUACAUCCCGGUUGACGGGCGAUCAAAGUUAGGGCUAUCGAGGGGAUACUUUGGAAACGUGAUUGUCAAUGCCGUGGUCGUUGCCUCGUGGGUCGAGCUCGUGUCGAGCCCACUGGGCUUUGCUGCGGGGAAGGUCCGCGAGGCGGUGGCGAAAAUUGCAGAGGGGGCCUAUCUGAGGUCGGCCCUCGAUUACCUGGAGAUGCACCCGACUAGUAUGGGGGCCCGGACGGGUAGCCCAUACGGGUGCCCUAACUUGGCGGUGAUCGAAUGGGCCAAACUGCCGUUUUACGAGGCGGAUUUCGGAUGGGGCGGGCCGGUUCACGUGGGCCUAGCCGAGGCCCCGUCCGAGGGAGCAACGAUCGUGAUGCAGAGCCGGGAGAACGAUGGGGGGUUGUUGUACGCGCCACCGUCGGAGUGUACUCCCAGAUAUGAGACACCGCCGGCGAGCAUCCCAUCUCCGAGAUACCGCCAGCGCAGCUACCGAGCCCUAAGCCAUCUCCACUUGAUCUCUCCUUUGUCAAUUUGGGGAGGGGAUUUCAACAUCGCGACUCACAUAGCCUGCCCUAAGCAACCGCAGGGGCACAUAGCCCUAAAAAACUGCGGCGCACCCCAGUUGGUCCACCACGCGCCUCCACCUUCACUUUGCUCCACCAUCGUGGCUCCACCUCUGCCUGGGUCCACCACCGUCACAAGAGAAAAUAAUCCAGAGGUGGAGAAGAUGAGGCAAAGGAGAAACCAUGUAAUCCCAUUGCCUGCUGGUGGUGCUGAUGACGUUGAGAAAUUCACCUCCACGAACCUUCACAUCAAGAAAUCACACACAUCUCUAUCCAAAAUCUUUAUCUUUUGUUUGGUUACUCGAAUAAUCAAUUCAUUGCUUGUACAAACAUAUUUCAACCCGGAUGAACACUGGCAGGCUCCUGAAGUAGCUCACCGAAUUGCAUUUGGAUAUGGGCAUUUGACAUGGGAAUGGAACAAGGGUAUAAGGAGUUACUUGCAUCCUGUUCUUUUUGCUGCCCUAUAUAAAGUUCUUGCACUUUCCCAUCUGGAUCUCUCUUGGUUCAUGAUAAGGGCUCCACGUUUGCUGCAGUCUGUAUUCUCUGCUAUUGGUGAUCUCUACUUGUACAAAUACUCAAAGGCGUUGUUUGGUGACAAUGCUGCCUAUUGGGCUCUCUUUGCGCAGCUGACCAACUGGUUCAUGUUCUUCUGCAUCACUCGUACUUUAUCUAACAGCUUAGAGACUGUUCUUACCGUAGUGAGUUUAUAUUACUGGCCCUGCAUGAGACCCUCGUCUUGUUCAGUUGUAUCUGUUUCGAGAAAACGUGCUCUGGCUAUAGCUGCAUUGGCAUGUGCGGUUCGGCCGACAAGUGCUAUUUCUUGGAUUUAUGUUGGCAUUCUAGAACUCUUUACGACACGUGAUAAGCUAAAGUUUGUCCUUGUUGAAGCCGUUCCCAUUGGGGGGCUUGUGCUCGGUUUUAUGCUCUUAUUGGAUCGUCAACUUUAUGGAUCGUGGGUUGUGGUGCCCCUUAACUUUGUAAAGUUCAAUUUCCUUUCUUCUGGAGGGGACUAUUAUGGAACUCAUGCAUGGCAUUGGUACAUCACACAAGGCUUCACGAUCAUGCUAUUCACAUAUAUACCUUUUUCUAUAGCCGGUAUUAUUAUGUCCCAAGAGUGGAAGCUUUCUGGGCUUAUUAUAUGGGUCUUGGGAGUAUAUAGCCUUCUCGGCCAUAAAGAAUUCAGGUUUGUUCUUCCAGUGCUACCCAUAGCGUUGAUUUUCUCAGGGAUUACAUUAGCCAAUUUACAUCAACGUGAAAUCUCAAAGAGGAAGCAAACUUGGAACUCUCGUAAAAACCGCUGUUCCAGACUGAAUAUGUCAGUCCUUUUCCUGCUUGUAACUAAUCUCCCGAUGGCUCUAUACAUGAGUUUGGUUCAUCAGGCAAUGUUAAUUGAAGAAAGAGGAGAGUUGGACGAGUCAGACCAAUUUUUACACGAUCCCCUUGCUUUCGUGACAAGACUUGCGAGAAAUUGGACUCCGCCGAGCCACAUUGUUCUAUUUGAUUCCCAAGAAAAGUCGUUGAAGGAGUUCCUUGUCUCUAACAAGUUUUAUGAGGUGAAAAGGUUCUUUCAUGCUCACUUCAAAGUGGAUCGGGAACUUCAAGGAUCAAUCGUUGUGUACACUUCUCAAGGGCAGUGAAUUUUGGAGUCUGUAAGUUUUGUGUGUGUUAGGCUUUUAGCUUGUGUUGUUAGCUAUUUGGUAUUUGUUUGAGUGUGUUUCGACCAAUCUCUUGUUAGUUCUAGUGCGGAUAACAGAAGAUGAGUCUAAUUUUAUCUUGUGCGGAUUUUAGUUUCGUCCCGUAUGGAUUUGUUUUUACUUGUAGCUCUGUGUGUUUUUGUUUGUGGUGAGUUGCCUGCAGUUACAAAGUUGGAGGGAGAACACGACCUAUGACUUUCCGAUUAAUACCUCAUCGUUCAUUUUUAGUAGAAUUUUGUUAUAUUGUAUCCAAUUGGAUAUGAUUUUAAGUUAUAUAAAGU